AUGGGAGGUCGAUCUCCGCGGUCCCCGGGCGUGGUGGAGCGGUGGGCGGUGGAGGUGGGCAAGGACACGCAUCGCCUGUUGGAGUUCGUGCUGCAGGAGCCGGAGGUGGCGUCGCAGCGAGUGUCGCUCGUGCUCGUCUACGUUAUGAGCGAGGUCCCCUGCGCCAUGGGCAUAUCGUAUAACGUGAGUCAGCUCGAGUCGCGCGUGGCGGACAUUCACGAGGCGCACCUGAUGGACACUAUUCUCAAGCCGCUCGUCAUGGAGCUGCACUUCAAGAAAAAGCCUUCGCUCUUUCCCCCCUGCUGCGUCGUUAUUCCCCGCCGUCAUUCACGGCCAUGCUCUCGCCGCAUUCCAUCCCUCUGCGGGUUGCUUCACUCCCCGCAGCUCGUCGCCACAGCGCACGUGGCGCGAGACGACAAGCCGGACGUGGGGCUGUGUCAGGCCGCCAUUCGCGUGGGGGCGUCGCGGCUCGUGGUGAACUCGCGGCACUCCUUCCUGCGCCCCAACCACAGCUUUGCGCACGGCUGCGCGCGCCAUCUCGCGCCGCACCACUGCUCCGUGCUCGCCGUCACCACCGCCAAGAAGCGCCCGUCCUCCGCCGCCUUCGUCCUCCCCAGCGGCGCGACCAUUCCCGCCGUCCAACCCUCCCCCUCGCGCCUCUCCACCUCCUCUUCCACCUCCUCCUCGUCGUCCUCCUCCGCAUCCUCCCUCGUAGGCUCUCCGCUCCACCCCCCCGCGCUUACCCGCGAUCAAGAUUCCGCCAUCGCGCAAGCUCCCACGCCCCCCCGCGAUCCCCUCUCCACCUCUCCGUCCCAGCCGCAGUCUCGCCGUCGCGCGCAGGUGCACGGGCAGGUUGCGCGGGCGUCGGGGGGCAACUUGGAGGCGGGUGCGCGGCUAACUCCGCGCCACUCCUCGUCCGCCUGCGCGCCCUCCGUCAUUCCCGCGUCUCCUGACCAUCACCUUCACGAAGCUUCGCAGCAGCGAUGGGGAAGGCCGAUCAACGGGGCAGGGGGGGAAGCUGUGGGGGGGGAUGGUGGGGAAGGAAAGGGGCGCGGGGGAGCUGAGCCGGCGCGGGAGAUGCACGCAUCAGCACGAGGGGGUGGCGUGGGGAGCAGAGAAGUGGCGGUGUCUAGCUGGGCGGAGAGACAGGCAGGGGCGGCCGUGGUGGAGGGGGGUUACGCGCGGAGCGAGGGCGGGGAGAGUAGAAGGUCGGCGGUGGAUGAAGCAGCGGAGGCAUGGACGGGGAGCAGCAAGGGGGCGAGGCGAGGGCGAGGCGCAUGCAGGGAGAAGGAGAGAGAGAGUGAGAGCGAUAGCGAAAUGGUGAAGAUGCGACAAGAGCUGCACGAGGCGCGGUGCAUGGUGCAGCAGCUGCAUACAGAGGUGGACAUGGCGCGCGCAGCAGCAGCAGAGGCAGUGGCGCUGGCAGCAGCAGCGCAGGGCGAGAGGGAGAUGCUGCAGUACGAGUUCCGCGAGUACUCGCUGCACCACCUGCACACCGCCACCGACGGCUUCAGUGAGCAGCGGCUCAUCGGGCAGGGCUCCAGUGGGCGCGUGUACCGGGGGGAGAUCAACCACACGCCAGUCGCCAUCCGCCGCCUUGACGACUCCCUUGACUCCGCUCUGCAUGAGUUUGACAAGGAGGUGCGGCUGGGCAGCAGGCUGCGGCACCCCAACAUAGUGCUGCUGCUGGGGUGCUGUCGCUCGCCGCCGUGCCUGGUGUACGAGCUCAUGCCCAGUGGCUCGCUGUACCACCGCCUUCUCUGCACCAACAACUCGCCCCCGCUGCUCUGGCACCAGCGCUUUGACAUCGCUGCCAACAUCGCUGCUGCCCUCGCCCACCUGCACUGCCGGGAGCACCCGAUAGUGCAUUUUGACUUGAAGCCGACGACGGUGCUGCUGGGGCGGCAGCUGGAGGCGAAGAUAACAGACGUGGGCGUGGCGCGCAUGAUGAAGCGCACGGCGGGCGACGACAGCAUGUCGGGCCCCAUGGACGCACUCGGCUUCGGCUAUGCGUGCCCCGAGCUGCUGCGCUCCAACGCCUUCUGCAGCCGCACCGACGUGUACGCCUUUGGCAUGCUGCUGUACGAUUUAUUGGGUGCCACCACCAGUGGCGGACGCGUGAAAGGGCUCAUCGCACAGCUGGAUGAGGCGGCGGCGGAGGGGGACCUAGCGCUGCUGCACAGCCUCACGGACCCUGCUGCGCGCUGGCCCAGCAAGGUGGCUAUGGAGGUGGCGGCGCUGGCGCGGCAAUGCACUGCUGUGAAGCGCCGCGACCGGCCGGAUGUUGCGGGUGGCGUGCUGCCUGUGCUGCAGCAGCUACGGCCGGCGGUGGAGUCGUUCCGGGCGGCGGAGGAGGCAGAGGCGGCGACUCUGGCGCUGCAGCAGCAGCUGGUGCUGCAGCGGCGGCAGGCGCAGUUGCAGGGCAUGGAGGGCGGUGGUGGUGGUGGUGGUGCGGAGGAGGUGGUAUGGGAGGUGGCUCCUAACGCCUUCAGAUGCCCCAUCACCCUGGAGGUGAUGCAGUGGCCAGUGGUGGCAGCGGACGGGCACACGUACGAGGAGAGUGCGCUGCGCGAGUGGCUGAGCGUGAGCUCGCUGUCCCCCAAGACGCUCAUGCCGCUGCCACACCUGCAGCUCACCCCCAACCACGCGCUGCGCUCGCUCAUCUGUGACUGGAUGGAGCGCAAGAAGCUGUCAGGCAUGCCCCCACGCACCCCCGAUGGCUCCGCUGCACAUGCAGGAGGCGCUGUCCCGGGAGGGUAG